AUAAUAAUAGUAAUGUUCAGACACGUAGCUGUAAUCGUUUUUCUGGGUUAUGCUCUGGCUUUUCCUGAAGCCAGCGAAAGGUCGAGAAGGAGUACGACUGAAAACCCCUUAGUAACUACCCCUUUAGGUCAAAUAAAGGGUACGGUUAUGACUUCAAGGCUAGGCAAACCUAUAUACGCAUUUAGGGGCAUACGCUACGCGAAAGCGCCAGUAAAUGAGCUGAGAUUUAAGCCUCCAGAGCCGGUAGAGAAAUGGGAGGGCGUCUAUAAUGCCACUGAAGAUGGUCCACUUUGUCCACAACCUACCACGGAUCCUGUAUCAGAAGACUGUUUAAUAUUAAAUGUUUAUUCCACCAAGCUUCCGAAGAGUGCUGAAAAUCCGAAACGCUCUGUAAUAGUCUACAUACACGCUGGAGGGUUUUACAGUGUCGGUUCUACCAGUUAUUGGGCUGGACCCAAUUAUUUUAUGGACCAAGACAUCGUCUUAGUGACUAUCAAUUACCGCUUGGGAACUUUAGGUUUCUUGAGUACCGGCGACAAAGAAGCCCCAGGGAAUAACGGCUUGAAAGAUCAAGUCCAGGCAUUGAAAUGGGUGAAACAAAACAUCGAAGCUUUUGGAGGGGACCCAGAUUGUGUCACAAUCAUGGGUUAUAGUGCUGGUGCGAUGAGCGUUAUCUUGCAUAUGGUUUCACCGAUGUCCCAAGAUUAA